UGCCCGGCGGGAUCCUACCGCCAAAGGUUUCUGAAUCGCCGUCUGCCUCGCCCGGGGCCGCACUCCGACCGCCCAGUGCUGCCGCACCUAGUAUGCCUCCGCCCCAGUUGCCACGAGCUAGUCCGUCCGCACUAGCAAUCAGGUCACCCCAAGCCGCGAUCCGAGAGCCAGCGCCUUCAGUAUCUCCAGCCGAGCAACCUGCGCUCCCCACCGCGCAACCCCCGCCGUUCAAACCAGCCUUAACCUUGGCGUCUACAGAACAGCAGCGAAGCACACAGCAUGACUGGAGGGCAGAGGCUCAUGCAUCGGUCUGGCGAGGACGAGGAACGGCCGAGUCGGCUUCGACGUGGUUCUCCCUGCGACGACGCCCCUACGUAACAGCGGCGCAGAGGAAGUCAAUCAUCGCCGGCACCCGGGGUUUCAUCGGCCUCGACCCUACCGAACUCGCCAACCCUGUUGCCUUCCACGUCGAUUUCUCGGGCGAUGAGAUCAGAUACCUCCGGCACCUGACGCGCCGGACGCUACGGCUACCAAAGACGCCCAGAAAGGACCCGAAAAAGGACCUCUACAAGGUGCUUAGGAAGAAUCCGACGUUUAUCCCAGCGGUCUUGGACGCCUUCGAGCGGGAGGCCCUUCCGGGGAGGGUAAGGGAGGAUGUGGACAAUCUGAUCCGCGACCUCUUGGACCAGAAUACCACCUCCGCGCCGGCAAUCCUCUCUGUUCGGAGGGAUGGCCACGACCAGCGAGGCGGUCUGAUUCGGUCAAGUAGGGUUCACUCUCUACUGCUGGCAAGAGAAAUAUCUGGACAGCGGGGCAUAGGUUCGAUGAGGCGUCUCGAGAACUUCACCAACGAAUUCCGGAAAUGUCGUGAGGAUGAUCUGGAGAAGAGAGCCGAGUGGACGGGCUGCGCCGGUGACAUAUUCACCAUCACUUGGGUCUCCAACGACGGCUUCAUUUGCGGCACGACCGAGCACUCCGACGCCCAUAAUCAGCAAUACAACAAGCCAGGCAACCUGGUGCUCGGUUCGUGUUCUGAGCUGACGCUUCGGGCCUAUCCGGAGCAUCGGAUCGUCCGACCCAUCGUCGAAAAAGGAGAGAACUCGACCGAGGCAAUGCGACAGAGUCAGGACCCAUGGCUCUACUCCUCGGUCGUAUCCUCCGACUACGACGCGGCCCAUGACAGGGCUUAUACUUCCUCUUUUGAUCGGACGGUGAAGAUCUGGAAGGCAGACUCGUCGGGCGCCGCCAUGACUCUCCUGGGCGAGUGGAGGCACGACGGAAACGUCAAUCUCGUCGUCGCAUCCAAGCACGAAUCCGGCAUGGUUGCUACCGCGGCCGACGUCGCCGCCGAUGCGGUUCGUGUAUACGACAUUGAUCCUACCGAUAUUUCGGGGAGCCGCUUCCGGUCGUACUCGUGCUCCCGCGUUACUGACGAGAGGGGCAAAGAAGUGUCUACCGAGAAGUGGGCGUACUACCCCGCGACGAUGCAGUGGGGCCUGGCUCCCAAGGUCAGGCACCUGCUCCUCGUCGGGUACUCGCCUCGGAGCCGGACCGGGGACGAUAACGACAUCCCCGAGGACCGGCGGGAUUCGGGCGAGCUGUGUCUGUGGGACGGCGUCACCGGGGAGAGGUGGCGCGUCACGUCUGCGACGACCCAAAACGUCUUCGAGGUGCUCUGGCACCCGACCCAAGAGAGCUUCAUCGCGGCUACGUCGCCGUUGGGUCAGGACCUGGAGCCUAGUGUGCGUACCCAGAUCAGGGUCUUCCGGCCGGCCGACAGGGACCAGUUCGGCGUCAAGGCGUUUAGCCCCAUCAUGACGCUAGACUGUCCGGCUGUUGAUGUGAACGAGCUUACAAUCAUGCCGAAUAGCUUCUCGUUUUGCUAUGUGACGGCCGGUUGUACGGACGGCAAUACUUACGUAUGGGAUACAGCGCUAAGCGAUAAGCCGAUCCACGUCCUUCGCCAUGGUGAACCCAUCGACGAAUACCGCGGCGAUCGGGAGCGUGAGGACGUCGGUGUCAAGUUCACCGCCUGGGGAACGACGCCGGACCGAUUCUAUACCGGGUCAUCGGACGGGGUCGUCAAAGUCUGGAAUAUCCGCUCGUUGAAAAGCCCGCUAGUCCGCCACCUGCUAGAGGCCCCGGCACCCGUCACGGCCGGCAUGUUCUCCCCGGACAAGUCCCGCCUGGUCGUCGGUGAUGCAAGCGGCCGCGUUUUCAUGCUCUCCAUAGACGAAGAGAAGGAGCAGCCGACAUCGAUCAUGAAGGUCCCCAUCCAAGGGUCGACGGGCUUCAGGAUCAUACAGCGCCCGGUCGCCAUCAUCCCCCAUCCCGAUCCCCCACCCCCUACUCACGACGCCGAGGGCCGGCCCAUCGUAUCACAGCUCGGGUCGGCUAUAGGUCGAGCCUACCUCGACAAUCUGCAACUAGAACGUCACCCCAACCCUACCAUCGGCGUUGUCCAAGGCCCGCGCUAUGCAGAGACCAACCUCUUUCGCCGUGACAUGCAUUUCAACGAGGACCCGCGCCAGCCGCUGCUUGCGCGGUGGGAGGCGAUGCAGCAAGAGGCUUGGAAGCCGCCGAGGCCCUUCUUGGCUAGGAGGCGGGAUCAUCACGGAAUCGCGCUCCGGCCGCCCAAGGAGGUCGCCGGUCUUGGAGAGUUGCACGCGAGGAACAAGAGCCUGGAUAUCUUUGUGGACGAGAUGACUAGGCUUCGUCUCGAGGAAGAAGGGGUGGAUUGGGAGCUGGGAGACGACUAUCUUCUUAAGGAAGAGGAGUAGGUCCGUCUGUAAGGAGAGGGAAUGUCAUAUUGUUGUUGUUGUAUUGUAGAUUUUGCUGCGAGCCGAGCGAGGCGCGUAUCUAGGCAUGUAGGAACCAAACAUUCGUCAUCACAUCCAGCUUUCUCCUUGGUGCUGAUCAUGUUCUAUGGCGGUUUUCUCUUUCUUUGGUGAAAUCAUG